CAAAUGCCCAGGACUGGAGAAUGUGGGUAACUCUUGCUUCUUGAACUCGCUGCUUCAGUCAUGGGCCGCAUGCCCUUCCCUGUACUUUUGGCUUCAGAACUCUGUGACCUGUGCUCAGAACUCUCGAGCCAGCGAUCUUUUGGCCAGCACCAUCUUCAAGAUUCUGCGUGUGUUAAACAACGAGGUGGAGGAGUGUCCCGAUCCUUACAAUCCGGUCAGCAUCCUACGUGCCCUCCGCGCUCGCCGAUGGGUCAUCACUGCGGAUGAGCAGCUGCCCCAGGUGCUAUGUGUCCACCUACAGCGGACCCAAUGGCUGGACAAUGGGGCACCGGUCAAGCGCUACGACCACGUGUCCUUCCCAGAGAACCUACAGAUGGACCAGUACCUCUUCUCCAAUCAGAACAAGGCAGGCGGGGACGUCAGCGGCCUGCUGGGUGGGGCUGACCUCACGCUGCAGAUGCUCAG